CUUUGCCGCCGGGUUCCGGGUUUCCUGGGCUACUACGAUGGCGAUGAGUUUCGAGUGGCCGUGGCAGUAUCGCUUCCCGCCCUUCUUUACGUUGCAGCCGAACGUGGACACUCGGCAGAAGCAGCUGGCCGCCUGGUGCUCGCUAGUCCUGUCCUUCUGUCGCCUGCACAAACAGUCCAGCAUGACGGUGAUGGAAGCUCAGGAGAGCCCGCUCUUCAACAACGUGAAGCUACAGCGGAAGCUGCCCGUGGAAUCAAUCCAGGUUGUAUUAGAGGAGCUGAGGAAGAAAGGGAACCUCGAGUGGUUGGAUAAGAACAAGUCUAGCUUCCUGAUCAUGUGGCGGAGGCCAGAAGAAUGGGGGAAGCUCAUCUAUCAGUGGGUUUCCAGGAGUGGCCAGAACAACUCCGUGUUCACCUUGUACGAACUGACCAAUGGGGAAGACACAGAGGAUGAGGAGUUCCACGGGCUGGAUGAGGCAACCCUACUGCGGGCUCUGCAGGCCCUACAGCAGGAGCACAAGGCCGAGAUCAUCACUGUCAGCGAUGGCCGAGGCGUCAAGUUCUUCUAGCAGAAACCUGUCUCCCUUUACUUCUUACCUCCCACCCUUCCAGGGCUUUCAAAGGGAGACAGACCAAGUGUCCCCACAGACUGGAUCCGUGGCUCCACCAGACUCCAAAGGGCUGCAGUCCAGGGGUGGGUUUCCCACUUAUCCCACGUGUCUGUCCCUGGGAUAGGGUGAGGCUGAGGUGCCAGGGAGGAAAGAUGUGCUGCUCCCUGCCUCACCUCCUCUCGUGAGCUGGGGCCUGUAAACCUAAACACAAACUUCAUUUGUGUCACACAUGUAAGUACAUACACACAUGCCCCGGCACAAGCUUCUGUUUCUUCCCCCUCCCACCCCUUUAGCUGCCGCUGGUGCUGGAUCUUUCCUAGGGGACGGGCGAAGCCCUGGCUGCAGGCAGCCUUUCAGGCAAUGUGAAGAUAGGAGGCCCAGGACGGGGCCUGGCAAUGAGAGGUGGGGCCGGACACUGACUUAUGAUAUUAAAAAGCUUAACCCUA